AUGACCUCCUUCCCAAAAAACAAGAUCAAAGUCUUGCUGUUAGAGAACAUUUCUCAAACAGCCGUUGAUCUCUUCUCCCGAGAAACCUUCACUGUAGAAAGCCUCUCAAAAUCUCUCUCCGAAGAAGAACUCAUCCAAAAACUGAGCACAGACAAUAUCCAUCUUCUCGGAAUUCGUUCCAAAACCAAACUCACUGAGAAAGUCAUUGAGGCUGGAGCCAAAAACAAGUUAAAAGCAGUAGGAUGUUUCUGCAUUGGAACGGACCAAGUGGAUUUAGAAGCGUGCGAGAAGAGAGGAAUUGUUGUGUUCAAUUCUCCCUAUGCCAACACUAGAUCCGUGGCUGAAUUGGCCAUGGCAGAAAUUGUCAUGUUGGCUCGUAAAGUUCCCGAACAUAUUCAAUCCAUGCAUAAAGGAAAUUGGUACAAAAUUGCCAAAGAUUGCUAUGAAGUGAGAGGCAAGACACUCGGUAUUGUGGGAUAUGGUCAUGUCGGAAGCCAAUUAGGUUUAUUAGCAGAAGGUUUCGGAAUGAGUGUCAUUUACUAUGAUAUUGAACACAAAUUGCCGUUGGGAAAUGCCAAGCCCGUGGAAAGCUUGGAACAAUUGUUGAAAUCAUCCAAUGUUGUCUCGUUGCACGUUCCGAAAACUGAACAAACCAACAUGAUGAUUAAGGAAGAGCAAAUUCGAAUGAUUCCGCCCAAGAGUUUCUUUUUGAAUUUGUCUCGAGGAAGUGUCGUGGAUGUGGAAGCAGUGGCUCGUGCCCUCAAAGAUGGUCACUUGAUUGGAGCUGCCAUUGAUGUCUUUCCUACUGAACCCAGUAAAGAUGGAGAGGGAGUCUUUGUUUCUCCACUGCAGAAUUGUCCAAAUACCAUUCUCACUCCACAUAUUGGUGGAAGUACAAUUGAGGCACAAGAUGCCAUCGGAAAAGAAGUUGCUCAGAAAUUAAUCACAUACAUGAAUGAAGGAAGUACAGUAGGAUCAGUGAAUUUCCCACAAAUUAAUCCAGUGCAUUAUGAUGGUUGCCAUCGAUUGCUGCACAUUCAUGUGAAUCGACAUGGUGUAUUGAAAUCUAUUAAUGCCUUGUUGCAAGAUUACAAUGUGGUCAGUCAAUUGUUGGGGACCACUAAACAUAUAGGUUAUAUGGUCAUUGAGGUGGAUAAGAAUGUGGCUGAUGAAGUUUUUACUCAAAUUAAUGAGUUAGAUUGUACCAUUAAGGCAAGAGUAUUGUUUUAA